UGCGCGGGGCCGGCGGUCGGGGCGGUGGUGUCCGCCGAGGAUGGGCCGCGCUUAGCCGUCCGUCCCCCGCGUCCGUCCCCGGCCCCGCCGGCCGGGCUGGUCCCGGGGGGUGCGGGGGCUCGGCCCUCGCCCUCCGGCCGGGUCGCGCUCGCAGCGGCGGAGGAUGGAGGAGGAGAAGUACCUGCCGGAGCUGAUGGCGGAGAAGGACUCGCUGGACCCGUCCUUCACCCACGCCCUGCGGCUGGUCAACCGAGAAAUUGAGAAGUUCCAGAAAGGGGAAGGAAAAGAAGAAGAAAAGUACAUUGAUGUAGUGAUUAAUAAAAACAUGAAGCUGGGACAGAAAGUGUUAAUUCCCGUGAAGCAGUUCCCCAAGUUCAACUUCGUUGGCAAACUUUUGGGUCCCCGAGGCAAUUCGCUGAAGCGUCUCCAGGAAGAAACGUUAACCAAAAUGUCCAUUCUGGGUAAAGGCUCCAUGCGAGACAAAGCAAAGGAAGAAGAGCUGAGGAAAAGCGGGGAAGCUAAGUACUUCCACCUCAACGAUGAUCUGCAUGUCCUCAUCGAAGUGUUCGCUCCCCCAGCAGAAGCAUACGCCAGGAUGGGUCACGCUCUGGAAGAAAUUAAGAAGUUCCUCAUCCCUGACUAUAAUGAUGAAAUCAGGCAAGCCCAACUGCAGGAACUCACCUACCUAAACGGAGGCUCGGAAAGCACGGAGGUCCCCCUGGCCCGGGGGAAGCCGCUCCUGCGAGCGAGGGGGGGACCAGCUCCUGUGCUGACCAGGGGCCGGGGAGGGGCAACAUCACGUCCAGCAGGAGUGCCAAGAGGGGGCCCGGCGCCCCGAGGAGUGCCUCCCAACAGAGGUCCGGUCAGUCGUGGCCGAGGUCUCCUGACCCCCAGAGCAAGAGGGGCUCCGCCGCCAGCCGGCUACCGGCCUCCACCCCCACCCUCCGCCUCGGAAACCUACGGCGAAUAUGAAUAUGAUGAUGGAUAUGGCACAGCUUAUGAUGAACAAAGUUAUGAUUCCUAUGAUAACAGCUAUAGCACCCCAGCUCAAAGUGGCACUGAUUACUAUGAUUACGGGCAUGGACUUAGUGAGGAGACGUAUGAUUCUUAUGGGCAAGAGGAGUGGACGAACUCAAGACACAAGGCCCCUCCGGCGAGGACAGCAAAAGCAGUGUAUAGAGACCAGCCGUAUGCCCGAUACUGAUUGUACUGUCUGAUGUUGUGAAAUCCCCAAUCUCCACAAGUCCUGUAUACUGUUCAAAGUAAUUUUUUUCUAUGAACAAUCCCUUUUUAAUAAAUCAAAGUGCUUAAAAGACAAACGGAUGGACAGACCCUAACUAAUUUGUUGACACAACAAACUGUUCAGAAAGACGUGUCAAGCAAGGAACUUUUGGUAUUUCCAAUCUGUAUUUGAAAAAUAGGUGAUCAAAAGAACAAAUAACCUUUGAUUAACUAGUGUUAAACAAAAAGUAGGUUGACUAAACAUGUUAAUCCAUUCUUUUAACGUAAGCGUAACCUUUCAUUUUAAAGUUUUUCCACAGACUUUUAGUUCCUAGGUUUUUCUCUCAGUCAUAUGCUAGUUUUUUUUCUUUCUUGCAAACAUGCGUAAAAAGGGAAACCAAUUACAAAUGCAAAUAAUGUGGUAUUCUUUUGUAUCUCAAGUCUUGAAAUGUUCUGUAGUGUUAAGCAAAGUCUCCUCUUGCUUGAUACUAAUAAACUUUUGAAAGAAAAA